AUGGAAGCUUCCGGUCCGACAUUUGCUUCACCAUGCUUGUUGAAAGGAAAAAAGAAGAAUAAGAAGAAGAAGAAGAAGAAAAAGAAGAAGAAGAAGAAGAAGAAGAAGAAGAAGAAGAAGAAGAAGAAGAAGAAGAAGAAGAAGAAAACAUCACUGAAGGAGGAGAAACCAUGA